GUCAUGUGACCUCAGCAUGGCGGUGUUUGCGGACUUGGACCUGCGCGUGAGCUCGGACCUGAAGGCGCUUCGCGGGCUGGUGGAGAACGCGGCUCACCUUGGCUAUUCAGUUGUUGCCAUCAAUCAUGUUGUUGAAUUUAAGGAAAAGAAACAGGAAAUUGAGAAACCAGUAGCUGUUUCUGAACUCUUCACAACUUUGCCAGUUGUACAGGGAAAAUCAAGACCGAUUAAAAUUUUAACCAGAUUGACAAUUAUUGUUUCGGAUCCAUCUCACUGUAAUGUUUUGAGAGCAACUUCUUCAAGAGUCCGGCUGUAUGAUAUUGUUGCAGUGUUUCCAAAGACAGAGAAACUUUUUCACGUUGCUUGUACACACUUAGAUGUGGAUUUAGUCUGCAUAACUGUGACAGAGAAACUACCAUUUUACUUCAAAAGACCCCCUGUUAAUGUGGCAAUUGACCGCGGCGUGGGCUUUGAACUCGUCUACAGCCCUGCCAUCAAAGACUCCACAAUGAGGAGGUACACAAUUUCCAAUGCCCUCAAUUUGAUGCAGGUCUGCAAAGGAAAGAAUAUAAUUAUAUCUAGUGCUGCAGAAAAACCUUUAGAAAUAAGAGGUCCAUAUGAUGUGGCAAACUUAGGGUUGCUGUUCGGGCUUUCUGAAAAUGAUGCCAAGGCUGCAGUGUCCAGCAACUGCCGAGCUGCCAUUCUGCAUGGAGAAACUAGAAAAACUGCUUUUGGAAUCAUUUCCACAGUGAAGAAACCUCGGUCAUCAGAUGGAGAUGAGGAUUCUCUUCCGGUCUGCAAAAAAGCCAAGUGUGAGGUCUGACAAGACCCCUCCUGCCCAGCCUUCAUCCUCACUCCAUUCUUCCUUUUUUUUACGCCAUCAUCUGUAGACAUUACACUUUGUAUGUAAAUCAUACAAAGUGUUUUCGCUUUUUUCACUUGGAACUUAAAAACAGUAGUCUAUAAAAAAAAUUUAUAUUAAGAACCAUUAAAAUAACAAACAGUCCAGUGAAGAGUUUAAAAAACAAUACUGUAUUAGUUGGAUGUAAAUAUACUUUUAAAAAAACAGAGACAAGUUUCUUUAUUUCUGGCAGAAAUAAUAAAACAGCAGCUGUAACUGAAUCUAUUUCAGUAUUUCAGGAGACUAAAAUGUUCCUUUAAUGUUAAAAUGACAAGGUACUUCCAUAAAAAAAUUAACUAGGAGAAAGGAAUUAAUAAAAAGAAGAAAUCAUGAUCUAUAUGUUGAAAGGUUUUUGCCAGGUUUUCCAACGCAAAACAUUUCCAACGCACCACCAGGAACAGAAGCUGCCAAGCAUAAAAUCAGUUCCAUCUUCCUGCUUUUAUUCACUCUGUGCCUUCUGCAAUCUCCAAAGAAGAGCAUUUAACAUAAUAAUACCUGGCUAGAGGGCCAGAACCAAGUCUUGACAGCUACAUGAUUGGAACAACUCCUAAUACAUAGCGGACACUGUAUAAAUAUUUACUAACUGUAUUAAAUAAUUUAUAUGUUAAAAUUUUGAAAAUUUUAAGAAAUUU